CCUGAAGAAUCGAGAGAGUUUCAUUUCAUCUCCGCUUUCAUCCCUCCUUCACCCGACUCGGCGUGCAAAAUUCAAGACAAGACGACAAGGCACCAGGCAGGGACACACACCCCCCUGCAAUUCUCCUGGCCAAGAUACAGUAUCCCACCCAUCCACCCCUUCCCGCCACUGCAGUAUUUCGAGGUUCAAUCCACCCCAGGCAGUUCUUCCUUUCCCCCCACGCUGCGGUGUACCUCCACCUGCGACGCUACUGCAACUCGAGCAGCUUGCCACCGGCGCCACCUGAAGCAAACCUGACUUCCUGAGGCCCCUCUGACACGCCCCUGAGCACAUCAAGAAUUCCGCAACCCCUAUCCGCUGCAACAAGCCCGACAGAGCAGCAACCACACUGCCCGAGAUAGCUGGUUACGCAUCGUCCGUUCUCUUCGUUCGCUCCGUUCCAAGGGAAUCUAUUUCUCCUCGGCGCACCGGCACAAUGGCGCAGCAGCGAGAGCGGCGGGCUCGGCCGCAAGAAGCGCCGUGCGCAGCGGGCGUUCGCGUGCUCGUGCUCGUCUCUCUUCUCUGCGUGGCCGUCGGCCAAGGCGAUGCGAUUCAAGACGAAGUUUCCAAGACCGGCCUUGUCGACCGCCUGCCUGUCUACAUCGUGCGCAUGCGAAACUCUCCGCCCGUCGCGGGGUACACCGGCGGAAUCGAGGGGCUGGCGGCGACCGCCAGCGCACAGCGCAUCGCGCAGUCCUUCCGCGGGGGCGCUGCCACGCUCGCCGCGGGCCGCCGCCGCUUCCGCUUCGACCCGUUCAGCCGCCCCGUGCGCGAAUUCUCGCGGUGGCUCGGGCAGAUGCAGCAGCGCGUCGCGGGCGACGCGGGCGUGAGUCUAAGCAACGUGCUCUACAGCUACAAGUACGUGAGCAACGGGUUCGCGGCGCGGCUGACGGCGCAGCAGGUGCGGCGGCUGCGCAACCACCCCGCGGUGGCGCAGGUGAAGCAGAGCAUCGCCGUGCGCAAGCUCACCACCGACUCGCCUGCGUUUUUGCAGCUGCCGAGCACGCUCUGGGCGGCGGCGGGCGGGCAGAGCAACGCGGGGGCAGGCGUGGUGGUGGGGAUCGUGGAUACAGGCAUCUGGCCCGAACACCCGUCGUUUGCCGGAGACGCGUCGUACCCUAACCCGCCUGCCACGUGGAAGGGCAACUGCACGAUCACGGCGGACUUCAAGGCGUGCAACCGCAAGCUCAUCGGCGCGCGGUACUUCUCCGCGGGGUUCAAGAGCGCGUACGGCAGCAUCAACCUCGCGGGGGACUGGCUCUCGCCGCGCGACGCGGAUGGCCACGGCACGUGGUGCGCGGGAGCGGCGGCGGGCAACAGCAACGUGCAGGUGGCGAUCGCGCGCGGGCAGUCCGCGGGGCUGGCGAGCGGCGUGGCGCCGCGCGCGUUCCUGAGCGUGUACAAGGUGUUUUGGGGCGCGGCGGACGGCGUGAGCGCGACGUGGGCGGACAUCGAGGCGGCGGUGAACAAGGCCGUGGCGGACGGCGUGGACGUGAUCAGCCUGUCGCUGGGCGGGCUGGACCCCAGCGCGGACUACUUUGAUGACUCGUCUUAUCUCUAUGCCAAUGCGAUGGGAGUGACAGUUGCCUUCGCCUCAGGCAACGCGGGCAGCCCGCCCUACAGCACGGACAUGUACCGCACCGUCUCCAACUUCUCGCCCUUCUACCUCACCGUGGGCGCCAGCACCAUCAGCCGCCGCUACAGCACGUCUCUCGUGCUGGGGAACGGGGUCACGGUUGCUGCCACGGGGUUCGGCAGCGGGAGUGCGAGCGUGGUGGGCCUGCGGGUCAUUGAGGGGGUUACUGCCAUGAGCGCCACGUCCACAUCCACUCAGGCCCAGUACUGCUAUGCCAACUCGCUUGACGCCACCAAGGUCAGCGGGCGGAUAGUCAUCUGCACCUAUGGCGGGGUGGGCAUGAGCACCAAGGUGGGGGAGGUGCUGGCGCGGGGGGGCAAGGCAGUGGUCAUCACAGGCGUGCCCAGCGUGCUCAAGCCCUUCCCGCCGUACGACUCGCGCCUGCCCAUGGCUUACCUGGACUAUGCGCCGGCUGACACGCUGCUGACUUACGUCCGAUCCAACCUCUCCCCCACAGCCACUCUCUCCACCUCCUUCUCAACCGUCACCGACCUACCCGCACCCAACGUCGUCUACUUCUCUUCCUCGGGCCCCGUGCUCAACCCCUCCUCCACCGUAGUCAAGCCCCGGCCCACCAAUGACAUUCUCAAGCCCGACAUCAUCGCCCCGGGCGUCUCGCUCUGGUCCUCUUGGCGCGCCGCUUCUACUACAUCUUCUACUCAAGAGUUUGCCAUGAUUUCGGGAACGUCCAUGGCCACGCCGCAUGUGGCCGGGAUCGCCGCGCUGCUGACUCAGCGCUAUCCGACGUGGUCGCCGCCCCAGAUCAUGUCGGCAAUCAUGACGACCGCCAGCACGACGACCAAUCAGGGGUCCGCUAUUGGGACGAUCUACACCUCGGUUGCUACUCCGUUUGAAAUGGGUCAAGGGCACAUCAACUCUAGUGGGCUUUUGGACCCUGGGCUCACUUACACUUCGGCUCUUGCACACUACUACAACUUUCUGGCCGGGCAGGACCUGACCCGGACGAAAUAUCUCAUCGGCACGCAGAGCAAGAUCAGGCUGACCCCGCUCGCAGCGUACAAUCUCAACCGUCCGACCAUCUCUGUCUCGCGAUUGGUUAAGAGCGUAGUGGUGACCCGGUGGGUGGUGAACGUAUACAGCCAGACAUGCACGUACACGGCGAGUGUCGUCGCUCCUGCGAAUGUUCGAGUCGCCGUGUCCCCCUCAACAUUCACUAUCUCCCCUGCCAAGUCUCAGACGUUCACCGUGACGUUCACCGUGACAACAGCAUCAACAAGCUUCAGCUAUGGCAGCCUGACAUGGCGGGACCAAUACGGGCAUGCCGUGCGGUCCGUGCUUGCCGUGCAGCCCAUCAGCCUGUAGCCUACCCCUGCUGGCUGCAUCGUCCACCCCUUCCCCCCCCCCCCUCCCCCUCCCCCCAGACAUGCACACACAUGCACUCUCACACACACUCACACACACUCACACACACACACACAUACACACCCACACACACACCCACACACACACACACACACACACCCACCCACACACAUACACCCCCACACACAUACACACCCACACAACCACACACACUGUGCACCGAAGCAGAAGGCCGUGGGUGCAGCUACCACGCUUUGAACCUGUCUGUCAGUCAGAUCAUUUAUUUAUAUUUGUGCUAAAAGUAUAUCGCUUGUUUACUUCUAUUAGGAUCACUUGACGU